AUGAUUCGCCAAUUCUGGGAAAUUGAAGAAGUUCCGAAUGCUGCCACUACUUCGACCGAAGAACAACGAUGUGAAGACCAUUUUACAUCAACACACUUCCGAGACAGUGGACGAUUUGUGGUUCGAUUGCCGCUCAAAGAAAACGCCAAUCAGAUGGACAGCUGCCGAAUUCUAGCAAUGCGAUGCUUUUUCAUGCUAGAAAAUCGACUACAGCGCAACCCCGAACUGAAAGCGCAAUAUGUGGACUUCAUCGGAGAGUAUCUGCAACUUGGUCAUUGCCGAGAGGUAAAUGUGGUCGACGACGAUACGAACAUCAAGCCAUAUUAUUUGCCACAUCACGCGGUACUUCGUCCUGGAAGCUCGUCGUCAAAAUGUCGAGUUGUUUUCGACGCAAGCGUUAAAUCUUCUCCAACGAAUCUGUCGCUCAACGAUGUGCUGCUGAUAGUUGUUUUCUCGGCGGACAUUACCAAGAUGUACCGUCAGAUUAAUGUGCACCCCGAUGACACACACAAGCAGCGUAUAUAUUGGAGGGAGAAUCCGAACGAUCUGCUGAAAAUUCUGGAGCUACUGACCGUCACUUACGGUACUGCUUCAGCGCCUUUCCAAGCCACUCGAUGCCUGGUGCAGCUAGCCAACGAAGAAGAAGCGACAUUCCCGGUAGCAGCAAAUAUCAUCAAGUCUGACUGUUAUGUUGACAGCGUCUUAUCAGGGACUGCUACGAUCGACGAUGCUAUCGAAGCACAACACCAGCUACAAUGA